CGCGUGUUGACCGGCACAAGCAAUUUGCGGCCGCUAUAAAAAUGCUACAAAUGCCAAUUUCCAUUGCUGCGUGUUGUGUGUUGUUGGAUACGCUUCUCUUGUCACCUACUGGCGAUUGUCUGGGGUGUGCAGCAGGGACCCAACGACCCAAGACAUCGGCUCAGCUGCUAGUGGAGAUCUGGUGAAUAGAUAACUGAUUAUGAGACGUGUGCGUGUGUAUGUGGAGGUCGUCGGGGGAUAAUGUCGAGGGGACAGUGAUGCGGUGGUUCGUGUACAUGCCGCUCGUGAUGUGCGUACAGUGCAACAGCUGUAGCUGCACCAGCUAGCUGCUCCGGGGCCGGGGGGACCUUCUCCCACCUUACCCUCGCCCGCGCAACGUGCACAGCUGUGGACCCACGUACCUAGUACCUUGUCGAUGUCGGGAGAGCCGCGGCGAGGCGCGACGUUUGCACGAUAGCGCUGGUCCCUGCGAGAAGCGGACGUCCACGCGAUGCCCGCGGAGUUGCUGAAGCUCCUCAACUGUAAUUUUCAUCUGAAGUGUAAGUGAAGGUGUGAUGGCGGAUGCCACAGCAGGGCCGGCUGCCCAGCCGUCCUCGAUGGCCCACCAGGCCUGGAGCUCUGCAAUGCACGAAAUGCAUGUCACUGCCAUGAUCCAGAAGCACAGCGGCUCCGUCUCGCCUGUGGUCACACCCACCACCAAGGCAAUCAAGAGCCUGUGUCUACCGUCCAUUGCAGCAGGGGGUGUGUCUUCGUCCACGGGCAACGUUCUCCAGCCCAGCUAUAUCACCGUUAACCCCUCAGCCACUGGUGGAGGUUCCCUGCCGCUGAUUGCAGCACAGGGGAUGCCGGGAGCGGCUCAGGUGAUCCAGGGGACACCAAUCGCCGUGUCGAUGGCUCAGCUCGGAGAUUUAGGCGGAGCUUCCAUCGUUCAACUGGCUCCUAUUGGGUAUGCUGGUGGUCAUGGCAACGAGGCUUCACUGCAGCUUCAAGCAGCACACUCGUUCUCAAAGCCUGCUGUAAGACCAACACUGCAUCAACCCACCUCAGAAGACAUCAAUAUUCUGUACGAAGACGGCAAGUGCCAGUGGCCAGGGUGCGGUUCAAAGGUCAACUCUAGGGAUCGCUAUAUCAGUCACCUGUCCACGGAGCACAACCUGAGCAGCAAGACGCAGGCUCAGACCAUAGUGCAGAGUUUGGUUGUGGACCAGCUCGACAAGCAGUUGCAGACAGAGAGGGGAAGAUUUGAAGCCAUGAAACGACACCUCAAUAUAAGUGACCCACACAACCUACACCUCCUGACCUCCUUGUCGCAUGACGCUCCCUCGCUUGCAGCCACGCCCACCUCAUCUCCCCCGACGAUGACCUCUCUGACCUCUCUGGGGCAGAUAAAGCAAGCAGCUGGUGGUCCUGGAGUUCCGCUAGUCCAGGCAGUGUACACGGACCAGAACGGACAGCCUCUCUACAUAGUUCAACAUAUGAACCAACCGACACUCAUCCCGAUCCAGGCAGCAGGUGGUGGCGGGCAGAGCGUUGCCGUCACUUCCAUGGCAGCUGCACCAACCUCUCUCAAGAUUGAUCAGGGUGGAAGGUCACCCCUCACACUCCACACUCCCCCACCAAUGCAUGUGGCAUCACCAGGGGGGCCAAAGAGUGUUCUGGCCAACACAUACACUCCUCCAAAGUUGGACUCCCUCAUUCAGCCGUGUUCCACUCGUCUCAUUCCCAUACCCCAUGUCAACGGAGGUUCGUUCCAGUCCCUGUCACUGGGGGAGGGGCCGGGACCGGUCCGCAGUCACACCAGGCAGGCAGCUCGUGAGAGACCUUCUCCUGUUGCAUAUGAUGAGAGCCAAGAGGCACUGAGGAAGGCGAUGCCGCGAUAUUCCAACAUUGACCAAAGACCUCCAUUUACCUACGCCUCUCUCAUCAGACAGGCCAUUCUGGAGUCUCCAGACCAGUGUCUGACUCUCUGCGAGAUAUACGCCUGGUUCAUGAAGAAUUUCGUCUACUUCAGAGACAAUAACCCCACAUGGAAGAAUGCAAUCAGGCACAACUUGUCUCUUCACAAGUGUUUCGUGAGGGUUGAACUCAACAAGAGCCGUGGGGCCGUCUGGACGGUAGACGACACGCUCUACAAGAGAAAGAGACACAUGAAACUAGUGAAUGCGGAGACAGGAGAGCCUCCAUCUACAGAGAGCGCAACCAGCUCUCCUGUGGAAAUGGCCAUCGGCGAAGAAGAAUCAACCGCAGCCGUGUCAUCCUCUAACUCCGCCCACAAACUUCCGGAAGUGAUUGCUGUGCCCACCAGUCUCAUGGCACCCGACACCUACCCUGCCCUUGACGGCAUCCAGAACACCGGUGGACUGGUCACCAUGGAGACGGUGAUGCCGGGCGGGGAGGGAGGGGAGGUGGUGGGGGGUAUGUCGCAACACAAUGGGUUGCCGGGGUAUUCCCCUCCUCGCGAGCGGCAGGACAGUGAGGUGACGCUGGAUGUGAGGGAUGGAAUGGAGCCAGCAGGUCUAGGCGAAGAGGAGGAGGAGGAGGAAGAUGAGGACGAAACGGAUACUGAGGAUGGUAGCAGUCCACAGGAGGUGUUGGUGAAACACGAGCCUUACUCUCCUCCUCCCCCCCAAUCAUCCUCCCCUCACUCACGCCAUCUCUCUCCCUACACCGUCUCCAUCAACCCUCCGGUCUAGGGCCCCUGCUGCCAAGAGAUGAACAGUUGUAGUGCUAAAGUAAACUACCAUUUUCUCCUGUGUGUGUGUGUGCUGUUUUGCCAGCUGUUACCAACCAUCAAUCACUCUACACAUCCACUUUCUCCUUGUAUUAUAGUACCGUCGUUUAGAGCCUCUUUUUUGUAUGUGCUUCCUGCUGUUUGCCAAGAUCACCAGGCCGGCGAAGUGGAAAUAGUUAAUUUUGUUUAUACCGCUGUACCUCGUCACACCAAUUUAGUAGUCCUUAUCUUUUUGUGUGUGUGUGUGUGUCUCUUGCUAUAAUUCUCUGUGUAUAGUAAUGUGUACAGUGCUGUGUGAUGUGUUUUUCUGUCAAUAUG